AAACAAGUUUCAAAAUAGUUAGCUAAGAAUAAUUGGAUUAAAAUGGACCAGCAUAGCGCAGAUAGUUGCAAGUGCCACAAACAAACGCAGCCGGCACAGCAGACGCUUUCCGACAUGGAUUUCGAUCGCGGUAUUUGGAAUGCAGCUAUCUACAAUGAACUGGAGCGAGUCCGUGAAUUCAUCAAGAAGGGUCAGGCAAUGGCACGCGAUGAUUGCGACUACACGGCCCUCCAUUAUGCUGCUCGCAAUGGCAACGAGCAAAUCUGCAAGUUGCUCUUGGACGAAGGCAAAGUGGAUGUGAAUGCGGUGACCAAGGCGGGUUCCACAGCUCUACACCGUGCUGCCAUGAUGGGUCAUCUGAGCAUUGUGAAACUGCUGGCGGAGCAGCCCAAUAUUAAUCUGUUGGUCCAGGAUGACUGCGGUCAGAGUGCGUUGCAUCGGGCGGCGCUGCGUGACCAGUUGGAGGUGUGUCGCUAUCUGUUGAAGCGGCAGCCGGAGUUGAAGCUACUCAAGGACAAGAAGGAUAAAAUUGCUUUUGAGUAUAUUAUGGAGAAUGCCAACGAUGAUUUCAAGCUGCUUUUAAAGCCCUAAAUGGAAUCAUUAAUGUGACAUUAAUAACACUUUGUAGCCUUAAUAAGUUUUGAUCGAAUGCAGCCAAAAUAAAACGGCGCAUUCAUGGCAACAUUCAAUGGACCCCGAACGUAUGAUUAUUCUUAAAAUACGUGUAAUAGUUAAGCGUAGACAAUUUACUUCAUUUGUAGUAUUGGUUGUAUAUUUUGUCAAACUGUAAACUAUAAGCGCAAAACUGUUUCAUAAUUUAUAGUUUCCCAAUUAACCUUCUUUAUUUAAAAUUAAUAUUGCUAAAAAUGCUAAAAACCCCAUAUGGGAAUUUGAAAAUUAUUGCAAUGUUACCCGAAAUUUCCAUUUGAAAAUAGUAAAACUUUUGGCAUUGUGAAAGACAAAUAGAACUAUAUGAUAAUUACAUAUACUAUAUAUGGGGGCUAUUCGACUAGAGAACUUGUACUCGAACCAUUUAAAACUGCAAUUUCACAAUACAUUACCAUACACUAGACUAUGGGUCAAUACACAAACUUAAAAUACCUAUGCUACAUUACAUACAUAAAUAAUUAUAAAAUAAAUGUAUUUUAGAACUUGCA